AGCUCCCAACGUUUCCAUUCAAAAAAAACUGCAGCUGCGAAUUGGCUUUCUGCGAGACCUGGUCGAAUCCUUGGACGAAAAUAUCCCGCCAGCAGAGGGCAAUUCCAAAAAGAUCUCCCGCCAUAUACCCCGAUUCCUUCAAUUGGAAUCUUUUUUCCAUCCUCCUCUUCCUCCUGCGCAUCGACGUUCCUUUCAUCAUCCCCCUCAGUCCGUCUCUGUCGCCCAGCAUGUUCAGCGCCGUUCUCCGCCGGCGCGUCGUUCAAUCGACGGCCAGAUUGUCCCAGAUGCCGGCGCUGUCGCCGACGAUGACGUCUGGAGGUAUCGGUGCUUGGCAAAAGAAGGCGGGAGACGCGAUCGCACCGGGCGAUGUCUUGGUCGAGAUUGAGACAGAUAAGGCGCAAAUGGACUUCGAAUUUCAGGAAGAUGGUGUGAUCGCCAAGAUCCUGAGAGAUGCCGGCGAGAAGGACGUCCCCGUUGGUAACCCAAUCGCUGUUCUCGUUGAGGAAGGUACCGACGUGUCAGCUUUCGAGUCCUUCACCCUGAACGACGCCGGCGACGCUGCCCCACCAAAGGACGAGAAAUCGUCUUCUGAGUCCAAGUCCGAAUCCGCACCCGAGGACACCCCCGCACCGAAAGUUGAGCAAUAUGUUUCCGACGGAAAGAAACUCCAGAGUGCUCUCGAGCGUGAGCCCAAUAUUAGCGCAGCUGCCAAGAGCUUGGCCAUCGAGAAGGGAAUCCCCGUGUCUGGACUUAAGGGCACUGGCCUCGGUGGCAAGAUCACCGAGGAAGAUGUCAAGAAGGCUGUUUCCGGCUCCGGAUCUUCUGGAAGCACUUCUGCCGCUGCCGUUUCUUCGUACGAGGAUAUCCCGCUUACGAACAUGCGCAAGACCAUCGCCAAGCGCCUGCAAGAGUCCACCCAGAACAACCCCCACUUCUUCGUCACCAGCCAGCUCUCCGUCUCCAAGCUCCUGAAGCUUCGCCAGGCCCUCAACAGCUCCGGCGAGGGCAAGUACAAGCUGUCCGUCAACGACUUCCUGAUCAAGGCCAUCGCUGUUGCUUGCCAGAAGGUGCCCGCCGCCAACGCCUCGUGGCAGGGUGAUUUCAUCCGCCAGUUCAAAAACGUCGACGUCUCUGUCGCUGUCGCCACCCCUAACGGUCUGAUUACCCCUAUUGUCACUGGUGCCGAGUCUCGCGGUCUGCAGUCCAUCUCCGCCAAGGUCAAGGAACUGGCCAAGCUUGCCCGUGAUGGCAAGCUCAAGCCCGAGCAGUACCAGGGCGGAACCAUCUCCAUCUCCAACAUGGGCAUGAACGACUCAGUCGACAGCUUCACCGCUGUCAUCAACCCCCCUCAAGCCGCCAUCCUCGCCGUCGGUACCACCAAGAAGGUCGCCAUCCCGGUUGAAACGGCCGAGGGCACCACCAUCGAAUGGGACGACCAGAUCAAGGUCACGGCUUCGUUCGACCACAAGGUCGUCGACGGUGCGGUCGGUGCUGAGUGGGUCAAGGCCCUGAAGAAGGUGGUUGAGAACCCCUUGGAUUUCCUGCUAUAAAGCAUAAGCGCUCUGCUAUAACGAACCAAGACGACGCAUCUGAGCUGGGCAGUUUGGCGGAUGUAUUAUUCCAGUUUCGUAACCCGUGGUAUAAUUCGGCGUAAUUCAUGGCAUGAUCAGGGCGUCACUGUAGUAUAGCUAGACUAAAUGACGCAUAUGGACUUUUCAAACCUUAACUAUGGAAAGGCUGGAAUUGGUGCUGAUACGAUGCCUUGAGUCGAUCGAAUGCGGGACUUUGAUAUGUCGAUGAUGGGAUGUCUCAGGUUGAUCAAAUCGGGGUCUCAUACAUUACAGGCUUUCUCAACUCAGAUUCACAGCAAUAUGCGCCCAAUCUAGGAACAAUAGCUAUACAACUUGGCUUUACCCUACAGGUGUAUGUAUAUGGCUAUACAUUGAAACGAGUCCACGUGUGCCUAUAUUUCUUAUUUUGUGAACUACGUCACACAUGUAGGCUCCCUAGAUGGAACUAGUAGGUAAUAUAAAUUUUCGGUCGUGG